AUGAUUAAAAAGAUUCAUUUGGGCCAUCUAGGGAUUGAAAAAUGUAAACUCAGAGCUCGAGAAAUUAUAUACUGGCCUAAUAUGAAUACUCAACUUGAAGAUUAUCUGUCACAUUGUCAAGCUUGUCUAACUUAUAAAAACCAGAACUGUAAAGAACCGUUAAUGCAACAUGAAGUACCAAAUAGGGCAUGGUCUAAAGUAGGAAUAGACGUUUUUCACUUCGGAACAAAAUCGUUUGUCCUCAUAAUAGACUACUAUAGUAAAUUUGUAGAAUUAAUAAAAAUUAAUUGCUUAAAGUCAGAAUUAAUUGUUAAAAAAAUUAAACAAGUUUUUAGUAGACACGGUAUACCCGAAAUAGUUAUGACCGAUAAUGGCCCUGAGUUUGCAUCUAACACUUUUCGUGAAUUCUCACAUGAUUGGAAAUUCCAGCAUGUGACGUCAUCGCCGAGAUAUCCUCAAUCUAACGGUCAGGUCGAGCGUGCCAUACAAACAAUUAAAAAUAUGAUGAGAAAAACGGCUUAUGAUCAGGCAGAGUUCCCAUUAGCGCUCCUUGAAUAUCUAAAUACACCAAUCAGUAAGGAGCUCGCUAGUCCAGCGGAGUUGUUAUAUAAUAGAAAACUCCGCAGUAUAGUUCCGUGUUCUCCAAAUUUAUUGUUACCAAAAAUUAAUACGGACGUAAUAAAUAAAUUAAAACGCCGUCAACAAAAGCAAAAAAUGUAUUACGAUAAGGUGCUAGAAAAUUAA